CCCACACACCACACCCCACCCCUCGGUACGGUGUUUAGUGAUAGAGUGAAAGCGAAGGGGGAGAGCGGCGGCAAACGUGCGGUUACCGAGGUAGCUAUGCGCCGCAGCGGAGGAAGGUCGCAAGUGUCGAUGGUGGCUUUAUUUGAAUGAAUAGCUAUUUCGGAAUUGUUUGGAAGCAAGCAUUAGGGUGUGGGUGGUGAAAAUUCUACCACCUCCAGUGACCGAACGGCGUUAAAACAAGGAGCGGGUUGUUACGGGAUAGACGAAGGUGCUUGUCUGUUUCUAUUUUUCUUUUCUGUGUGAAGUGAAAAAGCCUAUUUUUGAGUGAUUGUAGUGGGAGGAAAAGAAACGGAAAGUGCGCAAUACCGUUUCACUCCGACGGGUGGUUCCGUGAUGUUACUAUGAUGGUGGAUGAAAAAAGGUUCCAGCAGCUGGAUUGAAGUGGAGGAAAGUUUUACCACCCCCAGGAGUUGCACUGAAGUGUAUCCUUGUGUGAGUGUGUAUUCGUGCGUUGGACGAAGGAAACAGCUUGUUACUGCAAAUUUUAGAGGAAAACUAGCCUCCCAAUUCGAGUACGAGGUGUAUUGCGUGCAACUGAGGGAGAGUUCGUGAAUAAUUUGUGGUAUAAUUGCGGUGGCGGCCGGCAUGAAAUACGUAAACGGUAGUAAUAGCCAAUGAACUGUGAGUUAAUAUUAAGGUGAUUGCUUGUCAAUAGGAAAAUUAUUCCCCGCUUGUUGCAUGUACAGAUGGCCAGUCGAUAAGCAAAAAGUCAUUCUGAAAAAUAGAACAAAUCACAAACAGCUGGAAUAGUCGCGGAAAAAUUGGUGUAGCAGCAGCAGAAUAGCAGCUUCGAUCGUAAAUCGCCACCCUGUUGCUGUUGCCGGUUCAAAGAAACCGGCUUCCUUCAUCUUCCGUUUCUCUCCUCUCGGUACCUAGUGCGGAAUGCGGCGAAGCGCAAAAAGCAGUUCUAGUAGUUGAUCCUGUGAUCCGGUGAUACACAAAAAGCUCGAGAAAAAUAAUUCAGUGAAAUAACAACACCACCCUCCGCCCCGUCUGGUAUGGGGUGUCGUCACUAGCAUCCGUCUGGGUGUAGCAGUGUAGUGCAUAAGCUGUGAUUGUGGGUGGAAAAAUCGAUUCCGAAGUGUUGUAGAGAGCGAAGGUAUCCAAGGUGUUUGAGAUAAAAAGGAUCCUUUUGGCUGGAUGUGAGUGCAAAAUAGAUCAAACUGCAUGCGUGAAAUCAAUUUCGAGAAGAAAUAUCAAGUUCAAAGCGUGACGUUUUGCCGAGCUGAGCAAGCAUCUAAUCUACACAGCCUUUGUACGGUGAAGCGUGAGCAGUGCAGCAAAUUUGUGAAGAACAUUUUCUGAGCACACAAAAAAAGAGAAUAAAUGCUAUAAAGAUAAAAUAGUUCCGAGUGUAUAAUGGUUUGAAAGUAAGCGCACCCGCUCGGCAUUCUCAUCAAAGUAUGUUGGGGGUGGUGGCAUAAAAUAUUCCCAUUAAGGCACGGGAAGUCAUACUGAAUAGAGAGAGUGUUAAGCGUUGAACAGAGAAAAUUUGCCGCAAAAAGUGGAAACUUUUGGCAGUUGGCAAACCGGGGUACGGUAGUGGCAAAAAGUGACAAAACACAAGUUUUGCUUCAGCUACAAAAAGAAGAUUGUCGUACGACAGGAAGAUUUAUCGCACCGAAUAAAGACUGCCGAGCGGAAGCUGGUUAGGAACGAGGUACGAGUGGGCGGAAAGUCAACUCGGCAGCAGAAGUACGCAGGGGAUUAUAGAGAGGCGUUUUGCAAGGCAAAUCCGAUUAUUUCGUUCAAAGCUUCUAAAAAAGAUGAUUCGACACUAGGCUUGGUUAGAUUCUCAAUCUUCUAUGACAAUGCAGCUCAACGGCACGGUACCAAUGGCAGCUGCCACCGAACCUCCCGAACCGCCACCCCGGAAUCCCGAUAAGAUAAAUGCGUCACUCAAACAGCUAGCGGAUGCGAAAACUCGUUCACUGGAUACUUCAGAUAAAACAGCACCAGCAACGGGCGUUCGUCCCUUCCGACCUAUCCUUUCGCUGGACAAUGCAAAACCAACGUCAAAACAGUUCGAUUCGACCGGAACACCCACAUCAGCCCCGGCACUGUCGUUCGUUAGUGCUGGCAACAACGGUACCAGCAGCGUCAUCAACAACAAUAACAACAGUACGGAGUCUAACAUUGCCACCGGAGGUGGAGGAGGAGGCGGUGGCCCAGGAUCGGGCACGACGACGGUCAGCAGCAGUAGUACCAGCCACGAAAGUGGUGGUUCGCGCACUCUAUCCAACGAUAGCGGUGGCGGUGAAUUGGCUCGCGGUGGGUCUUCCGGAAGCGGUGGGGGCAGCCCACCCACUGGCUGUGGGGAAAUGACCGGAGGUCAAAUUAGCAACAAAUUGAACUUCGGUUCGCAGCUGCAAACCUCGCCGACACAGAGCGACCGAAGCAGCAGCGGAAGCAAAGAUCAAUCCGGUGAUAAUCUAACUGGCGAUAACCUGUUUAAGAACGGUGUCACUGAUUUGGAAUCGCCCCAAACGACCAAGAUUCGACUGGAAAAUGAACGACUGACAGCGGAAAUAACUCGACUGAAAAAACUGCUGGAAAACUCGCCAGACGGAGCGGUCGGUGGAAUAGGAAUAGAGCUGCUGUCGGACAGAGAUAGUUUCGAUGCUCAUUCAACGGAUGACAGCAGCAGUCGCGUGGAGAAGCUCGAAAAUGAGCUGCGGAUAUCGAAAGAAUUGAUUCAGAGUCUCAAACUGGAGCGCAAAAAACUACGUUCGGACAAAAAUGAUCUUCUGGUACAGGUGAAGCAGCUAUGUUCUUCCCUGCAGGAUAAGGAACAAGAGCUAAGAAAUUUUAUACGCAACUUCGAGCAACGAAUACGUGAAUCGGAAUCAUCCAGUGCAAAACAGAAUUCGGAACGUGAACGAGAACGAUGGUCACUGCUGAAGCAUGCUCGCGACGAAGCGGAACGUUCGAUCGCUCUUGCCGCGCAGCUGAACGCCAGGGAUAUUCAGCUGCAGAGAACCCAAGAACAGCUGCAGGAAGCUCGACGUCAGCUGUCCGGCUGUAUGUCCGAUCAGGAGAGUCUAGUAUCGGCUGCCCCGCUAACUCCUCCCUCCGGGCUGAUGAGUCAUGCGCAGACAACGGCCGGAGGUUAUUCAAAUAUCAGUGGCACACCGGGAGAUCGAGGUUCGUGCAGUGCGGAUUCCGGCGUUAGAGGAAGCAGCGAUCGGGAGAGUGCGGCGGGUGAUCUGAAUCUAAGCGAUGGUCCCUGCGAGAAUGGACCCUGCAUACAGGUAGACUCGGAUAGUGUAUCGUUAGUGUCUAGUCAUCAUAACAUGUAUCAAUAUGGAACACCAAAGGAACGUAGUCCUACGCUGUCCCCGUUGAAUGCCGGGGCGUACUCAAGAUCUGUUGAUAAUUCUGCACUUGCUAACUCCUUCCGUUCGGUUGAACAGCUGGGCUCGCCGGUCGAGAACGAGAAUCAAACUUUUUCCAGAAGACUGCAACAGCAACAGGCACAAUCUCAAUCAUCACAAUCAUCUAAGACUGGUGGUGCCACCGGUGGCGUGAGUCUCACGGGUCGCACCGGCCGGGGUGGCACCUGGGGUAGCAUAUCGCGAGUUUUUGCCCGCAGUCGGAAUCGCAACAAGAGCAACCCGGUAGCGGAAACCGAAGCCACGGACUUCCAGUGGAGUCCGCUGACCGAGGAGGGUUACGCCGAAAAGUUGCGUCUACUGAGGGAAGCUUCCUCGAUGCCGAUGGACCGUUGGCGAGCUUCGCAGGUGUUGGCCUGGUUGGAGGUAGCCUUGGGGAUGCCACAGUACAGUGCACGCUGUGCCGAAAAUGUCAAAAGCGGUAAGGUACUGCUGGAGCUUAGCGAUGCGGAACUGGAGAGUGGCCUCGGCACCAGCCAUCCAAUGCACCGCAAGAAGCUGCGGCUGGCGAUCGAAGAACAGCGCCGACCGGAGCUGGUUCGGUACGCGACGAUCGGGCAGCUAGGUCACACUUGGGUAGCUUCCGAGUGGCUUCCGGACAUCGGUCUGCCACAGUACGGUGAAUCGUUCAUGCAUUCACUGGUGGAUGCUCGUAUGUUGGAUACACUCUCGAAAAAGGAGCUGGAAAAGUAUCUCGGAGUAACUAGAAAGUUCCAUCAGGCCAGUAUUGUUCAUGGAAUUCAUGUGCUACGGAUAAUGAAGUACGACCGGCAGUCACUUGCGAUGAGGCGCUUGCAGUCCGAAAAUGUUGACACCGACCCUAUUGUGUGGACCAAUCAAAGGUUCGUCCGCUGGGCACGAUCCAUUGAUCUUGGAGAGUACGCUGAUAAUUUGAAAGACAGCGGAGUCCACGGUGGUUUGGUAGUGCUAGAACCAUCCUUUUCCGGCGACACAAUGGCCACAGCACUGGGAAUUCCUCCCUCGAAAAACAUCAUCCGACGUCAUUUGGCAACGGAAUUCGAAACUCUCAUUCUUCCCGCCAGGGCUACACUGGGCCAGGGGAUCCGAACCGGUGGAACUGUGGUACCGAUCGCGAGCGGAAUCGGAAUGAUGCCCACGCCCGGAGAUCGACGCAAUACCGGCAGCUUGAGGGGAUCGCUCACGAAAGCAUUCCGGAUAAGUUCCGGCUACAAACCGCGCAGCAGUAAUAAUGGCGGCGGAAGCGGAGGUGGUUCUGAUAAAAAUAGUGUCUACAGUUCAACCUCUCCUACACCGUCGUUCAGCAGCAGCGAAGGUGGCAUCUAUGCCUCGGUGGGUGGGCUGCAUUUCAUGCAUCAUCUGCCGCCACCAACCACCGCCCCACCACCGGUGCCGGCCAUCUACUCGAUGGCUGGCAAUUCCACUGGUGGCCCUAGUCCGCAGACCGCGGCAGAUCAACGAGCCAACCAUCGGGUCAGUGCGCCACCGAUGGAUCAUGCCGGAUCAUCUGCUACAUCCUCGUCCUCCUCGAUGGCCACCCUGCCGAAGUACGCCCAGCAUCGACGAGUGAAAAGCAUUAGCGAUAUCGAGGUGGCCUCGGCUGCUGCAGCUGCAGCUGCAUCCAGCUAA